AGCUAUUGAAACACGCAGCUAGUGCGGGAGGUGUCGGUGUCGCCCGGAAGCGCCGCGAGCCACGGGAUGGCGGCGGCGGCGGGGGCUUUGGAUACGCGGCGCUGGCCUCUGGCAGUGCUGCUGUGGCUGGCGGGGGCUCAGGGCUGGUAUCUGGCCUCGGGCGGCCCCUGGCCCGUGCCCUACAAACGUUUUUCCUUCCGUCCAGAGCCAGAUCCUUACUGUCAGGCUAAGUACACUUUCUGUCCCACUGGCUCGACGAUCCCAGUUAUGAAGAAUGAUGAUGUCAUUGAAGUGUUCCGACUACAAACCCCAGUGUGGGAAUUUAAAUACGGGGACCUGCUGGGACAUUUUAAAAUUAUGCACGAUGCCAUUGGAUUCAGGAAUACCUUAACUGGCAAGAACUACACAAUGGAAUGGUAUGAACUUUUCCAACUUGGCAACUGCACAUUUCCCCAUCUCAGACCCGAAAUGGAUGCCCCUUUCUGGUGUAAUCAAGGAGCUGCCUGUUUUUUUGAAGGAAUUGAUGAUAUCCACUGGAAAGAAAAUGGGACACUAGUUCUAGUAGCGACUAUAUCAGGAAACACAUUUAACAAGAUGGCAAAGUGGGUGAAACAGGACAAUGAAACAGGAAUUUAUUAUGAGACAUGGACUGUCCAAGCCAGCCCAGGAAAAGGGGCUGAGACCUGGUUUGAAUCCUUUGACUGUUCAAAGUUUGUGUUAAGGACGUAUGAGAAAUUAGCUGAACUUGGAGCAGAGUUCAAGAAGAUAGAAACCAACUAUACAAGAAUAUUUCUUUACAGUGGCGAACCUACUUAUUUGGGAAAUGAAACAUCUAUUUUUGGGCCAACAGGAAAUAAGACUCUUGCUUUAGCCAUAAAAAGAUUUUAUUACCCUUUCAAACCACAAUUAUCAACGAAAGAAUUUCUGUUGAGUCUCUUGCAAAUUUUUGAUUCAGUAAUUAUACACAGACAGUUCUAUUUGUUUUAUAAUUUUGAAUAUUGGUUUUUACCUAUGAAGUUUCCUUUUGUUAAAAUAACCUAUGAAGAAAUCCCUUUACCUAACAGACACAGAACAUUCACUGGUUUGUAAAACCUUACUUCUACUUAAUGCUUUUUUCUCUAACCACCAGCAUCUGCUUUUUAGGGGAUGAUUUUACAUUUGUGGCUUUCUCAGCCUUCAUCCUCAGGUAAAAUGCACAUUGGUAGAGUUGUUGCAUAUUAAUUAGUAUUUCAAAGACUAUUCUUGGAAAGCUGAAAUUGUUAUGCUGGCAAAAAUAAACAUGUUAAGUGGUCUUGAUUUCAUAUCCCAAGCCUAUUAGUAUGGAGAAUGAUGGUUCAUGUGCAAUACAUGAGUUUCACUGGUUCCAGUAGUGACAUUUUCACGUGGAAGUUAUUUUUUCUUGUAUGGCAAUUACAUUUUACUGUGAGUGCUUUGUGUUAGUUUCUUCACUGCUUUUGUAACUGUUGUAACCAGGUCUAUCUAGUACUAAUUUGUGUUAUAUUCACUUAACUUGAAAGACAUGUUUGGGCAGCAUAGCUGGAGAGACUUUGCUCCCCUAUGUGGGAAAGUAUUAAGAGCAAAAUUUUAUCAUGUAGUUUAUAACUGGUUUUUAUAAUUUAAACAUCACUAUACCUUAGUUUUCUAUCUCUAAAAUGAAUCAUCUGCCAGGAUUGUGGUAAAGGUUGAUGUUUGUUUGGCAUAGUAAGGUCACAGUAAAUGGUGGCAAUUGUGAUUAAUCAAAGUGUCAUCUUUAAUCUUAAGUAAUGUGGGUUACAGGCCAACGCUGCUGGAUUUUGUAAGCAUCUAAGACUUUGAGCUCAUAGUGUAGUACUUCAGUUCUUUCACUAUCUGGGGCAUGGAAUUAUCUGGCUGCAGACAUGUCUGGGUGGACAGAUACUUCUAACUUCCCUGUUUCAGCAGUUCUCUCCUAGUGCUGUAGAAGAGCGUAUCUUUGCAGACACAAGAUCUCCCAGUCACUGGGGCACCAGACAAGCUUUUAAGAUCUUUUAUGUUGUAAAGAAAAAUGUUGAAUGCAUUUUUUCUAUUCAUGAAAAACACACCAGUAAGAUGGAGAUCAGAGGAAACCAUCUGUUUCAUAUGUAAAUGGACCAAUUAUAUGCUUCAGUUUUAGCUAACACUGGAGUGUUUCCUGAGAGGUUAGUACAUUGAGCUCUCAUAAAAGCCUAAUCAUAUUGUUUACCUCAUCCAGAUGAGUUAAUUGGGAUCUCUAAAGAUUAAGUGACCUUUCCAUGGUUACUCACCUAUUAGUAAGCCAAAUACUAAAUUCAGGUUCUGCUGAAGAAAUUAGAUACUCAAGUUUUUCAGUAUUAUUCAAAUGUGCAGUCUCUGGACUGGUGCCUGGCUACCAAAUGUUCCUGGUGUGAAAUAAGUGGAAUUGGAAACAUUUAGAGGCUUUUAAAGCACCAUUGUUUCUGUUGACUCAAUUAAAAAACCAAAAACUUCUGGAUCUUGUA